AGUAAUAAAUAACAAAAUUGAUAAGACAGAUAUAUGCUGUGGGACGUGUGGAUCUAGAUCUUGGUUUGAAGUUCCUCAUACAAUACGAUCGAUAUCGAAUCCCGAAUUCAAAUUGAUAUAAAAAGACCUGCAAAUAGUUUAACAGUUCAUGUAGUUUCAGAAGAUGCAUAAAUUGCAUCUGCAAUGAAGCUUCCACCAGCUGUUCUCGCUGUGAAUGGGUUCGACGAACGGAAUGAACUAACCGAUGGCAACCCGAGAACGCACAUGGCACGUUCGGAUUUAAGCGUCUUCACUACCCUUCACUUACCCCCAUUUUAUCCCACGUGGCUUUCUGUACAUUUCUACACCUAGCCCGGUACAGUUUACUACCGGCGAAAAAAGGAAUGAAAUAAAAAAGCCAUUCCUCCGAAUGGCCUGCAGCACGAAGUGUUUUUUUGAUUCUCUUUGAUGAAUCAAAUGCAGGGUUGGUCUACGCUGAUAAAAGAAUGUUUUUUUAAUAACAUAACAGUAUGUAAAACUACAAGCAUAAAUUAUUGUUCACAUCGUGAAGAUGAAAGAUGGGUAUCCUAUUUUAGUUGCUUAUCUUACUUGUCUUAUCUUAUCUAAGUUGUAAAGGAAAGAGUAACUUUGGAAAGCAAUCAGUAGACGCUGUCCCUAGUAUAUUGGAAAUUCCACUUGCAAACUAAACUUGGGCUUGCAGCAUUAGCUAUAUACCGAUAAUUUCUAAUGAUAUGAUAUCUAAAUGAAUUACAAUGUUAAUAAGUAAUAAGUUCAUAUUCACACCUAGUCAACCCUGCAUCGGACACGCGUUCACUCACGCAUUUGCUUGAGCAACGCAACAGUGAAUUGUCGCGGUGCGUUACUCGCGCGAAGGUUUGCUCGUGGUUCGUGCAUGUUCAACAGUUCAGUUAUUGGUGUGACUUUGGCGAGAUCGGAUCGGUUCCUUUCGGUUUUUCCCCCCGUUCGGUGCGUGCUGUUCUGUGCACAGUUUAGGUGUCAGCUGUCCGGGCGUAUCCGAAAGAAAGUUGGCCUACCGCAAGAAGUGCGUGGUGCUGUGGCGUUCGUACCGUGCCGUGCGUUAGUGUGCGAAUUGCACCGUCUGGCGGUGCAGCGUGCAUUCGCUGCACUAUACAUAUAUUUUGUUUUUGUCUGCCACACUUUUCGCGCCCGCAGUUUGGUGAAUUUGAUACUGUGUAAAGGUUUCACAGUGUUGUGCCGCAAGGUAAAACAGUGUGUGGUGAUGGAAAGGUUUGCUGGUAAUGUAUAAAAUGCGUAAAGUGAAGUGUGCGAUUUUGUUGCUGUUUGUAGCUGUUGAUACAGUUUGCACUGACGGUGUGUUUAUGGGCCGUUUAGGGUGGAACAGGUUUUUUUUUAAUCGUUCAGCUAGUGCAAGCGUUAACAGUUGUGUUGGAAGUUUAGUAGUAGUAGUUGUAGUGGCCGUAAUGAUGAGGCAGUCUACUAGUAGCAGGGCUAAUUUUUUUUUAAUAUUUUAUGAAUUAAACAUGCGUUCUUUCAAAAUGUAGUUCAGCUAAAAGACCAAUUUACCCUAAGUCAAACACUUCUAAUUGUUAUCGAAACAAAUUAAUUAAAACAAGCGAACAACCUUUUGAAUGAUCGAAUGUAUAACACAUUCUAUAGUUUUUUUUGGAAGAAAGUUUGUAUUGUUAAACUAAAAAUGUUGCUCAAAUUAUUGCUCAAUAAGAUCGUAUUAUUAUCCAAUCCAAUUAGCAGUGGAUCGGUUUUCUAAACGAAACGAUUGAUCCAUUUUCGAUGUAAACUCACGAUCACAUUAAAAUUACGAUUUUGAUCACAUUUUCCCUUCAUCUCGUGAACCGUGACGGUUUUUUUUGCCCUUUCGCCCGCUUAGAACAAAGAGCCGCACCGUAACGCUUUGGCAGGAAAAGUCGUCAUCGAAAACGCGCGUUUCGAAAAGAGUCAGCGACCGCCGCCACACCGUGAUCGCUAUAGGCUGAUCGGAUGGUGCGGUGUUCCACCGUGUCGGUGCUUUAUUUAUAAAUAACACGAGACGUCUGUUUUCUGGUGAUUUUGUUGACGUUUUUUUCUUCCACCUAUACGUUAGCGUUAGCAGGUUUUUCCUUUUGCUGUAACAUGUUUGAUUUUCCUUUUUUUUCCCCGUUUGCGUUUCGUACAUGAUGUUUUAGUUUCCUUACUCACUACGAGAUGAGAGUUUUGAAGCAUGAAUAUAUUUUCCCGCCAACAGUAAGACUCUUUAAUUUCUUUCUGCGUAGAUUUUUUGAGAUUUUUUUGCUUUUUAACCUGCUUUUGUAUUUGUUUUUACGUGCGUCAAUCGUUAUCCAGUAGUAAUUAAACCGUUUCCAGAUGUUGGAUGAUCGUUGAGAAGAUCUAGAAUGCGAUCAUGUAGGGUGCAAUUUUAUUAAAAUGUUUUUUUUUAAUACGCCAGCCAUUGAUAAGGAAAAUUAUUUCAAACAGUGUUUCUAGAAAGUGUGUGUUAAUGGUUUAAAAAUUUAGUAAACGUGUGAUCGUGAUGUGUAUGAGCUGUAUCAAGGAAACGAAGUAAUUAAUGAUUAUCGGACGAGAAUCAAUUGGAAGGAAUCUGUGAAGCGUUGUAAAUCGUUUAUUAAAAGCAAAAGUUUACUUACCACCAAGUGCUGUACUGCUUCAACCCCAUCGGACUGUUCAAAAGGAUAUUCGAUCCAUGCCGGGAAAUCCCGGAGCAAAGCCUUUGUACGUCUGCCUAGCGGUUGUGUUCCAUCUGGAAACGCUGAAAGUAAUGCGACAGGAAGAUGGUAUGCGUUGCCGGCAGUAAGAUGCUCGCUGACCGCUGCUGGUACGUCCGUUCGGCAAAGCUUUUCCUCCGCCGGUUCCAGACGAACCGUGUGAAACCGAGUCUGUUCCGGUGUACUGCAAACGUUACGUUAUGAAGUCCUGUGGACGCGAUCCAACCGAACGUACCAAAGGGUUGUUAAAUAGUGCAUGUUACGGUGGCCGGCUAGGACGAUUUUGUGACCGACUGUUCGUGCUUGGGUGCAGCAGAAUCUUCAUCAUUGUAGCCGUGCUCGGUGGUUUGGUGGUGUCGACCGUGGGGGAUGUUUUUACUGUUGGCUAUCUGACCGGAUCCCAACGGCGGCCGGGUGAUCGCGUUUACGCACGACCGGGAUUACAAAUUUCCGGUGCCAUAACCCUAGCCAUGACCGAGGUGAAUGACCGGUACUUCAGCAAGCACGGGCACGAGUUACGGUUCGAGGUGGCGGAAACGUACGGCGAGGAGGUAACCAGCAUACGGAAGACAGCCGACCUCUGGACGAAGGACGUGAUCGGAUACGUUGGACCACAGGAAACCUGCGUUCACGAGGGCCGCAUGGCUGCUGCCUUUAAUCUGCCAAUGAUUUCCUACUUCUGUACGCACAAUGAAACGUCCAACAAGAAACAUUUCCCAACGUUCGCUAGAACUCGACCACCGGAUCUACAAAUUUCCAAAUCCGUCGUCUCGCUGCUACUCGCCUACAACUGGACCCAGGUUAGUUUUUUGUAUCGUGCUUCAGACAACGGUGAGUUCGAUGCGGUUGCCGAAACGCUCAAGACGACGCUCCGGACCGCCAGCAUCCGGAUACGCUCGAUUGCGACCUGGACCGACAUUUACCAUCAUGGAUAUUCGAGCAAUCCGUUCGAGCGGCUAGUGGAGGACACGUACGAGGACACGAGAAUUUAUCUUGUUCUUGGGUACCACUACGAGCAUAUCGGGCUGCUGGUGAGCCUACGGCGGCGCGGUUUGCUUGAACGGGGCGACUAUUUUGUCGUCGGUGUCGACAUCGAACAGUACGAUGCUGCUCUGCCGUCGAAGUACAUGCACGGACUGCUCCAGACGACGCCGGAUCCGGAUGCGGUCGAAGCCUUCCGGCACUAUUUGGCCAUCGUGCCGUCGGCGCCGGUACGAUUCGAAGAGUUUGCGGUAAAGGUUAACAAAUAUUUGGAGCUACCACCGUUCAACUAUCGGAAUGCGUUGAUCUUCUUUGGAGGCGUAAAGCAGAUAAGGGCGGAAGCUGCCUAUCUGUACGAUGCGGUUCAUCUGUAUGCAAAUGCAUUGAUGCAAGUGCUGCUGUCGGGCGAUAGUCCGAAAAAUGGUUCCGCCAUAAUCGAAGCGAUUAAGGGACGCGCUUACAUGAGUGCGAUGGGCUAUCUGGUGCACAUCGAUGAGAAUGGUGAUGCGACCGGAAACUACACCAUUCUCGCACGGAAACCCGUCCCAAGCACAACCGCCGCCAACCAGUACGGACUGUUUCCGAUCGGGCGAUUCAGCUCACCGACCGUGGAUCGCAUACCGGAGAUUCGGCUGUUUGAUACGAUCGAUUGGGUAGGAUCCGGUCCUCCGGUGGCCGAACCACGGUGUGGAUUUCGUGGCGAAAAGUGUAUCAGUUACACGGGCGAGAUAACGGGUGGCAUCGCUGGGGGUGCCCUGUUGCUGCUGGGUGUCGUGUCACUCGUGCUCUACCGGAACUGGCGCUACGAACAGGAGCUUGACAGUUUGCUGUGGAAGGUGGACUUUCGCGAAAUACAGAUGCACGAAAAUGAGAAGGAAACGGCCGGUCAGAAAAUGACACGGACUACACAUCCAUUGAUACGAACGAGUCAGGUGAGUUUGAGCUCGAAUCCGGAUCUGGACUUCCGCUACUCUACGAUCUUUACACCGAUCGGUCUGUACAAGGGGCAACUGUACGCGAUCAAGAAGGUGAAGAAGAAAAGCAUCGACAUUACGCGGGAGAUGAAAAAGGAGUUGAAGCUGUUGCGUGAUAUGCGUCACGAUAAUUUGAACGCUUUCAUUGGAGCUUGCACGGAUCCGCCAAACAUUUGCAUCAUUACGGAUUACUGCAACCGUGGCAGCUUGAAGGAUGUGCUGGAAAAUGAAGAUGUUAAGCUGGACAACAUGUUUACGGCAUCGAUGGUGGCGGAUAUACUGCGCGGUAUGAUAUACCUGCACGAGUCGCCGCUUCGAUUUCACGGCUCACUGCGAACAUCCAACUGUUUGAUCGAUUCCCGCUGGGUGGUGAAGCUGAGCGACUUUGGGCUGUUUGCUUUCAAGCAGGGUUCGGAGGAUGUGCCGGACGAGAAGGAAAAACUCGAGGAAAAAUGUCAAAAACUACUUUAUCGUGCGCCCGAACUAUUACGUGCUGGACCUACAGCAACCGUACCAGGCACACCGAAAGGUGACGUUUACUCCUUCGGCAUCGUACUGUACGAAAUCUUCACUCGUCGUGGCCCGUUCGGAGAAAUCGAAUGCACGCCGAUGGAGUGUCUAAAGCGCGUCCUAAACCCACUCGACCCUAACACACCGUUCCGACCGGCGAUCCAGCCCCUCGAAAUGUCGUUCGACUGUGUGCGUGAGUGUUUGAAAGAGUGUUGGUCGGAACGGCCUGAAGAUCGACCCGACUUCAAAGCGAUCCGCAACAAACUUCGCGUACUGCGCAAGGGCAUGCGUCCGAACAUCUUCGACAACAUGAUGGCGAUGAUGGAGAAGUACGCUAACAAUCUCGAGCAGCUGGUCGACGAGCGUACGGAUCAGCUGCAGGAAGAGAAGAAAAAGACGGAAGCGCUGCUGCUGGAGAUGCUGCCAAGACCGGUGGCGGAGCAGUUGAAGCGAGGCCAUAAGGUGGAAGCAGAAAGUUACGACUUGGUCACGAUCUACUUCAGUGACAUCGUUGGCUUUACGUCGAUGUCGGCUGAAAGCACACCGCUGCAGGUGGUCGACUUCCUGAACGAUCUGUACACCUGCUUCGACUCGAUCAUAGGGCAUUACGAUGUAUACAAGGUGGAAACGAUCGGAGACGCGUACAUGGUCGUGUCGGGACUGCCGAUCAGGAACGGGCUGAUAAACGCGGCUGAGAUUGCGUCCAUGUCGCUGCAGUUGCUGGAAGCGGUCGCCGAGUUUAAGAUUCGCCAUCGGCCGAACGAUCGGCUGUAUCUACGGAUCGGGAUUCACUCGGGGCCUGUAUGUGCCGGUGUCGUUGGGUUGAAGAUGCCCCGGUACUGUCUGUUCGGCGACACGGUAAACACGGCAUCACGCAUGGAAUCCACCGGACAGCCGCUCAAGAUCCACUGCAGUUUACAGACCAAAGAGAUCCUUGACUCGCUCGGUGGCUACCACUUCCAGGAGCGCGGUUUGGUGCCGAUGAAGGGCAAGGGAGAUCAGCGGACGUUCUGGUUGGUGGGCGAGGAUCCGGAUGCACGUGCCCGGCGUACGAAGGAACGUACCGAGCGGCGUGGUUCACGGGCGCUCAACAAGUAUCUCGGCAUGCUGAAAAGUGUCACCAAUCUUCCCGGGGUGCGCAGCUCACUGAAGAGUCGCGCGCUGGGUUUGCCUCGCGGUUCACUGCCACGCUCCUCUAGUCUGGAGUCACCGAAAAGACUGAGAUUCGCCAGUGGUGCCAUGCUGGAGCAACAUCGAUACCAUCGGUAUAGCGAUGAUGCGCUCAUGGAAGUCAUCUCCGACAGUAGCAUACGUCGAUCGGAUUACAGCAUUUCGGAUGGUGCCGAAGACAUCACUGCCUCUUGCCCGUGCAUUGAGCAUCUCGGACUGAGUCAGCCGCCGGAACCAGCCUACCUACUAACUAACUGCCCAACGGUAACGACACCUUUGCUCAACAACAGCAUCGCAACCUAGUAGAGCAACGAGUGCCGCACUCGGCAAACUCGAUUGCGUUAAUUGUCCUUCCUUCUUACCGAUAUCUAGUCAUACGCUCAAUGUCUGUCUGUGUGCUUAAGUACGAUAAGCAAAGGUGAUAACAAAAUAAUAGAAACAGGAAAACCGUGUAGACAUGUAAUACAUAAAGAAACGGGAAAGGCUAAUGUGCUAGUGAAAAGAUUUACACCCGAUUGAGCUUUUCUGGUUGGCGUGUUCAAACCCAAAACUUACCGCACGUCGAACUGAAGGCUGCCAUCCGCCAGCACAUGGAGAGAGAGGAAACAGUAUUGUGUCGCGUUGGUAAAUGUAACGGACACCCCUUAUCAAUCACUGUCGUUCAUUUUGUGUCGUCGUCAAAUAGUUGUUGAAAUAAACUUGAAUAGUUCACAAAGGAAAA